AUGACGACAGAGGAAGGGGAGCCACAGGAGGCCACGCCCAACGAGAUCUUUCCUGAAGCCGCCUCCCACUCCACACCUAAACAGGGGGCAGGGGGCGGGGCCACCCAGAUCCAGACGGACGACUUGAGCGUUCCCCUGUCGCCAAGCGGGCGAGUUGCUCGUUCUCCAGGAAGAAAGACGCUGAGCUUCAGAACCAUGCAGGCGAAGGUCACUCUGCUGGACGGCUCGCUGUUCACCUGCACUGUGGAGAAACGAUCUCGUGGUUUUCAUCUGUUUGAGAAGAUUUGUGAACACGUCAACUUGCUGGAGAGAGACUACUUCUGUCUGUCCUUCAGGGACGCAGACAACAACAAGAACUGGUUGGAUCCAGCGAAAGAGAUGAAGAAGCAGGUCAGAGGUGUUCCCUGGAUCUUCUCCUUUAAUGUGAAGUUUUACCCUCCUGACCCCGCCCAGCUGUCUGAGGACAUCACCAGGUACUUCCUGUGUCUCCAGCUCAGACAGGACAUCGUCUCUGGUCGUCUUCCUUGUUCGUUUGCGACUCACACUGUUCUUGGUUCCUACACCGUCCAAUCAGAGCUCGGAGAUUACGACCCCGAUGACUGUGGAUCCAACUCCAACUACGUCAGUGAACUUUGUUUUGCUCCAAAUCAAACUAAAGAAAUGGAAGAAAAGAUCAUUGAGCUGCACAAAACUCUCAGAGGGAUGACACCAGCUGAGGCUGAAAUGAACUUCCUGGAAAACGUCAAGAAGCUUUCAAUGUACGGAGUGGACCUUCAUCACGCGAGGGACUCGGAGGGCGUGGCCAUCAUGCUGGGUGUGUGCAAUAGCGGCCUGCUGGUCUACAGAGACCGCCUGAGGAUCAACAGAUUCUCCUGGCCAAAGAUUUUGAAGAUUUCGUACAAAAGAAACAACUUUUACAUUAAGAUCCGACCUGGAGAGUUUGACCAGUUUGAGUCCACGAUUGGUUUUAAGCUUUUCAACCACAGAGCAGCAAAGAGGCUGUGGAAGGUCUGUGUGGAGCAUCAUUCCUUCUUCAGGUUGGUGUCUCCAGAGGAACCUCCUAAGAAGUUUCUGUUUCUGGGUUCAAAGUUCCGUUACAGUGGUCGGACUCAGAUUCAGAGUCGCAGAGCCAGCGCUCAGAUCUCCAGACCUGCACCCAAUUUCCCACGAUGUGUCAGCAAGAGGAACUUGAUGAGCCGCAGCCUGGACGGAGGCUCGAGGACCACGCCCACACCCUCUCUGAUUGGCUCUCCAGCCAUCACAGCUUUCCCCAAAGCCAACGGUGGUACACACACAGAUAUGGGUACAGGAUUGUAUGCAGCAUCUAAGUCCAUGGCUGUCAGUGACCUCAUCACCAUGGUAACACCUGAGAAGAGGACAGAGGAGAGGGAGGAGGAGCAAGAGGACGAGGUGCUCGUGGUGGAGGAGGUGGUGCAAGAAAUGAUGGAGGAAGAGGAGGAGACAAGAGCGACAGACAUUUCUCCUCCUACUCCUCACAAACAGGACACCAAGACGGAGUUGACUGACACUAUGGACGGAGACCUGACGGCCACUGAGUCUGAUCAGGAUGAAGAUUUGAAAACUCAGGAGACAUUGAGUCCUGAAGAUGUCAAGAAACUCCCGAGCACCAUCAGUGCGCUCAGGCGCUCCUUCUUAGAGGGCGGGGAGCGGGGGGGGGUGACUGAGUGGGAGAGACGUCUCGCGGCGUCGCCGCUCCGAAGAAUCCACGACGCUCCGAUGAUCGAACCUCUGGAGCCGGACGAGCCUAUAGCUACAUUUGAUGAAAUGUCUCCUGAACUAAACACUCUCCUGAAGUCGGCCAGAGAUCAACAAACCUUUAGAGAACACAACCUGCUGAAGACGUCGGAGAAAGUGGAGACACUCCUCUUGAUGACACAAUCACCUGACCAGGACCAGCCAUUGGUGGACCAGGAGAUCCCAGUAAUGAGGAAGACUUUCACGUAUGAAGCUCCAGGGAGCCGAGUGGAGUCUGGUGUCCCCUCAGGACGACUUCUGAGCUCCCAGACGUUCACCGCCGAGACGUCCAGCACCAGCACCACCACACACAUCACCAAGACAGUAAAAGGAGGAAUUGCAGAAACCAGAAUCGAGAAGAGAAUCGUGAUCUCCGGAGACACCGAGAUCGACCACGACGAGGCCCUGGCUGCGGCGCUAAGUGAAGCCCGGCGGCAGCAUCCUGAGCUGUCCGUCACACGAGUCGUCGUCCACAAAGAAACUGAAGUGUCUCCUGAUCAUGUGAUUGAUUAA